AUGGCGGGUACCCAGGGCGGGCAGCUGGCCGACGGCCUGUCAGAACCGCCGGCUAAAAAGUGCAAGGUCAAUAGUACAUCGGAGGAGAAGCAGCAAGCAGCAGGAGGUGCUAUCAUCGGCACCGCGCCGCUCCCUCUUCGCUGCCCGCCGUACCCCAAGUCCGGAAAGCGGAAGGACGUGGCCUGGUGGAACCGCGAGUGCAGGAGGAUCUCCGCGCUUGCCGCUGCCGCUAGAAAGAAAGAUCCCCGUACAAGUCUUCCUACCGUGGUGAAGCCCAAGGACCCGAAGACCGCCGACAGCGUGGAGAGCCCACGCGACAAGGCGCUGGUCCGGGACGCGGCGCGCUCCGUCGUCAGCGUCUCCUCCUUCGCGCCCGACGGGAGCGUCAUCAUGGAGUGCAGCGGCUUCGUCGUCGGUUGGAACGCGACCAGCAAGCGCGCUAGAAUACUCACCAGCACCUUGAUCAUGGACAUGUUUGAUGACCCCAAACCGCCUAAGCUUCACGUUCUCUUGCCAAACAAGACCGUUUUAGACGGACAGCUUCUGUUCUUCAACAAGCAUUACGGAAUCGCUUUACUCGAGAUCCACUCGUCGGAAUCGGAUUUGCCAUUGCAUGUCCCCUCUUUCGGGUCUAGCCCAAACUAUGGCCAAGAGGUCUUUGUGUUGGCUAGGGGUGCCGAAGAGUCCAACCUCAUGGCUAGGCAUGGGAGAAUCAGGUGGUUAGAACAGCAAGAGGACUUGGACAUGAACUACCUCAUGCUUCUUAGCUGCGAGCCCCCUAUGUAUAGCACGGGAGGACCGGUCGUUGAUCAUGAUGACGGUCGUGUUGUCGGGAUGUAUUCAUUAGGUGGCCAAAGCCGUACCGUUUUCAGCAUCACCACCAUUCUCACAUGCGUCCAAAUGUGGAUCAACUUCGGUCGCAUUGCUCGCCCCGCACAUGGUUUGGGCCUGAGGACGAUGGAGCUGCUGGAUGUGUCGCUCCAAGAGAGGAUCUUUCUUGAUCACGGCAUCACCAGAGGCUACAUUGUCAAUCACGUAUCAGCCGAGUCUGCUGCCGAGAGGCUUGGUAUUAGGGAGGGAGAUGUGAUCGUUUCGUUCAAUGAGCUGUGUGAUCACACUCUGCCUCAGUUGGAAGAUUAUCUUCUCUCUCUUGGUUGGGGUUUCCUUCACAGAAGCGUUGGAUCAAGCCCCAGUAGUGUGGAUCUCAAGCUUGAGGUUUAUGAUCUCCUCGAACGUACUACCAGAAGCAUUACCUUGCCUGUGGAGUUCUCUGAUGGUUAUGACUGGGACUAA